AUGGCUCCGGGCUGCCGCAAGGGUUUGUCAAUUGAACAUCAGCGGCAACUGCUGGAACUUGCCAACUCCCAACAUCUUGAGUGGCAGAGACUGUUGGAGCAGCUGAGCGAAGAGAGCGAGCGAAAUGUGCCGCUGCACAUCAUCAACGAAGUCCCGGCGGAGGAGGGCCUCUACCCCCCAGCCCUCUCUGUAAAGGAUAUCAAUCCUGGCCGGAUGCUGUCCAAUACCAGCACGGUGCAACCUGAGCCGCUGCACAACGAUGCCUUCCACAGUUUUGAAGCAGUCGAAGUUGGGGCGGUGAAUUAUUUGACAGACCUCACCAAGUCGAAGCCGAAAUCAAGAUCCGGAACUCCUAGCAGCGAUGACCAGGCAGGCGAAGUUGGGGCGGUGAAUUAUUUGACAGACCUCACCAAGUCGAAGCCGAAAUCAAGAUCCGGAACUCCUAGCAGCGAUGACCAGGGCCGUAUGCCACUGACAUUGACCUUGAAAAGCAAUGAGGAGGCCCAGGUGGAAGCUUUCCGAGUGACAGAGGCGUCUGCCGGUGAGCCUUUGCCCAAGAGCCAAUGGCUUCGAUGGAUCAAACCCAGAUUGAACUACAUUGCUGGAACCCUGGUGGUGUUGAACACAAUCUUGAUGUUUUUGGAGCUGGAAUUCGAAGGAAAUGCUGCAGCCCGGGAGAUCGGUCUCUCCACCUCUGGUCCCGAGCAUUCGGCCUAUGCCCAGUUCUUCCGCGUGCUUGACGGCUUUUUCGACUGCGCCUUCCUGCUAGAGAUAUGUGUGCGAAUUGCGAUGGAUGGAAGUGGUUGGCGCUUCUUCUGCAGGACAUCCAAUCAGUUGGAACUAGUGCUGGUGAUCGUUGGUAUGGUUGAUUUCUUCAUGAUCUUGAUGGCUUUUCAAGGGGUACCAGAUGAUUUCGUCAUGCUGCACCUCUUUCGUUCUGCGCAUGCCCUUCGAGCACUGAGAACGUGUCGGCUGUUUAAAGGCCUUCGUGUGCUAUUGAGAGCUUGUGAAGCGUUUAUAUCAUCACUUUUCUGGGCCAUGGUGCUGCUGUUGAUUUUUAUGUGCGCGGGCUCCAUUUUGAUGGGGAACCUGCUGCAGUCCUUCAUUUUGAGCGAUGCCAACCUGGAUGAUCGCACCUGGAUUUGGGAACACUACGGCACAGCCUAUCGCUGUUGGUACACUUUAUAUGAGCUGACUUUUGCCGGGAAUUGGCCCACACGAGCACGGCCAGUUACUGACCUAGUAGAUCCACGCUUUGCGAUUUUCUUCUUCACCUACAUCACAGUCGUGUCUUUCGCUAUGAUUCGUGUUGUCACUGCAGUUUUCUUAAAAGAUACACUGGAAGCGGCGCAGAACGACCAGGAGCUGCAAUUGUUGAAUCAGCUUAAAAAGAAGGCGGAGUAUGUGAAGAAGCUUGAACAUAUUUUUAAAACCAUUGAUGAUGGAAAUGGAAUCAUCAACGAGGAACGAUUGUUGGCCGUGAUGGCCGAUCCACAAGUCAUGGCGCAUUUGCAAACGUUGGAGCUUGACGUUCACGAGGGCACUGCCUUGUUUCACUUGCUCGACAACGGGGAUGGAGAGGUAACUUUGGAAGAAUUCAUAGAUGGAAUUCUACGCUGCAAGGGCCCCGCAAGGGCUGUAGACCAGGUUGCAAUGCGAGCAGAGAUCCGGCAGAUGGAUGCCAAAAUUAUGAAGGUCCUUCGGCUCAUGGUGGGUGAACUCACGAGGGCUUCGAGUUUUGACCUCGAUCACAAGAGUUUGCAGAUUGAUGUGAGUUCUCACCUGCUGGCGUUCUCUGAUGCACGCCCGCGGCUAAACCGCAACGGUGGUAGUCAUCCACCGUCGCGGCAAACGUCCAAGGGAACUUCGCCCGGCAUCCCGCCAGCUCUUUCCGCACGAGCAUAG